UUUCUAAGCAAUUCUCAGCAAUAAAAGGGGGAGUACGGUGGAAGAACAAAAAUAUAUAAAGCCAGCCAAGUUAACUAAGUAAAGAGCAACUGUGUUGUAAUCGAGCGAGCUUUAAAGCAUGGAGAAACUCUUGGGCUGGUAUUGGCUUCUGGUUAUAUCGCUCUUAGCGUUAGUUCUGCUGUUGAAGCUAAUGUGUUUGCUUUGGUGGAGACCCAGAAGGAUCGAAAAGCAUUUCGCAAAGCAAGGAAUCAAAGGCCCUCCUUAUCGUUUCUUCUUAGGCAAUGUUAGGGAGCUUAUGGAUUUGAUGUUGAAGGCCUCCUCACACCCUAUGCCUCUCUCUCAUAAUAUAGUCCCUAGAGUUCUCUCCUUCUACCACCACUGGAAGAAAAUAUAUGGCGCAACCUUUCUGGUAUGGUUUGGACCCACAGCUCGAGUGACGGUUUCAGACCCAGACCUCAUCAGAGAGAUCUUCGCCUUCAAAUCUGAAUUCUACGAGAAGAAUGAGUCUCACCCAGUUAUCAAACAGCUUGAAGGUGAUGGUCUCUUGAGUCUCAAAGGUGCCAAAUGGGCUCAUCACAGGAAGAUCAUCCAACCCACUUUUUAUAUGGAAAAUCUCAAGAUGUUGAUACCUGUGAUGGGGAAGAAGAUGGAGGAGAUGCUGGAGAAGUGGUCGGCAAAAUCUGACGCCGACGGCGAAGUUGAGAUUGAAGUGUCGGACUGGUUCCAGACAUUGACGGAAGACGUCAUCACGAGAACAGCCUUCGGCAGUAGCUACGAAGACGGAAAAUCCGUUUUCAGAUUGCAAGGCCAGCAGAUGGUUUAUGCCGCCGAAGCAUUCCAGAAGGUCUUCAUUCCUGGCUACAGAUUUAUUCCAACGAAGAAGAACAGGAGUUCUUGGAUUUUGGACAGAGAGAUCAAGAAAUCCCUUGUGAAGCUAAUCGAACGCCGGAGAGAGAAUUCCAUAAACGAAAGUGAAAUGGCAGAGGGAUGCCAUAAGGACUUGCUAGGGUUGAUGAUCAGAGCCGGAGCUAAUAAUAAUUGUAAGGAGGAGGAGCAGAGGAGGAGAUCAUCGGAAUCUCCAGGUUCGUCUCCGGCGACGGCGUUAUCGUCGAUCACAGUGAGGGAUAUAGUGGAAGAGUGUAAGAGUUUCUUUUUUGCCGGGAAACAGACGACCUCUAAUUUGCUGACGUGGACAACGGUCCUAUUGGCGAUGCACCCAGAGUGGCAGCACAAAGCACGUGAUGAGGUCCUCAUGGUGUGUGGCUCACGUGAUAUCCCCACUAAGGACGCCAUCCCUAAACUUAAGAUGCUGACCAUGAUAAUAAAUGAAACACUACGAUUAUACCCACCAGCCAUUGCAACGAUCAGACGGGCCAAGGCGGAUGUGGAGCUUGGAGGGUACAAGAUACCUCGUGGGACAGAGAUCUUGGUUCCAAUCUUAGCCGUUCAUCAUGAUCCAGUAUUGUGGGGCCAUGAUGUGACGGAAUUCAAUCCAGGUCGGUUCUCUGAAGGUGUGGGUCGUGCAGCGAAGCAUCCGAUGGCGUUCAUACCGUUUGGUCUUGGAGCCCGCACUUGUAUUGGACAGAACUUGGCAAUCUUGCAGGCCAAAUUAGCAAUGGCCGUUAUACUGCAACGUUUCUCUUUCCGACUUGCUCCCAGCUAUCAACAUGCACCAACGGUGCUGAUGCUCCUAUACCCUCAAUAUGGUGCACCAAUCAUAUUCCGACACUUGUCUGCAUCUAAAACCAUCACCUCACAAGAUCAAGGAUCCUAAG